CUCUUAUGUCCUUCCGGCUGACGUCAUGAGUUACACAGCUGUCUCUCAAAUUCGCGGAACUUUCGGUUUUUCAAGCUACACAACUCUUCGUCUUUUGUUCCACUGCCCUGUAUGUAAUCUGACCAGUGAAAGCGGGUUGUUGUAUAGAAACGAAUAGUUAUAAUUAUAUGCCGGUAUUUAAAGUAAACGCUAUCUUAACUGUUAUUUAAACUUCCUUCUCUGGCUCACGUUAACUAAGCUAGCUAAGCUAAGCUAACUCCUCCAUGGCCCCCCUCCGGGUCCUGUGUAUCCAUGGUUACCGUCAGAGCGGCGGCUCGUUCCGGGAAAAGACGGGAGCUCUGCGGAAGCUGCUGAAGAAACACGUGGAGCUCGUUUACAUGAACGCGCCGCACUGUGUGCAGCAGGCCAGCGGUGAAGCUCAGGAGAAAGAGAAUGGACCUGGAGGCGACGAGGACUCGAGGGGUUGGUGGUUUUCUGAUGUCCAGGCUCGUAGUUUCAGUGCCCAGCAGCAGUGCGAGGAAAGCUUGGGGCUCGACGAGAGCGUGACGGCUGUGAGAGAAGCUGUGAAGAUCCAAGGACCGUUUGAUGGCAUCCUGGGCUUUAGUCAGGGAGCAGCUUUUGUGGCCAUGUUAUGCUGUCUUCAGGAGCAAAAACUUGAGCCAGAGUUCAGCUUCCGCUUUGCCAUCGUUGUCGCUGGUUUCCGCAGCGCAUGUGAGGAGCAUAACAAAUUCUACAGCUCUCCCCUCCAGAUCCCAUCCCUGCAUGUGUUUGGACUAGAAGACCGAGUCAUCCCCGACAACAUGAGCAAGGAGCUCCUCCCCUCCUUCCAAGACCCUCAGGUCUUGACACAUCCUGGUGGCCAUUUUGUCCCUGCUGCAUCCGCUCAUAGACAAGCGUACCAGGACUUUCUCAAAAGGUUCCAGUGAGAAGCAAAAGUCACAGAAACUCGAUCAGGUGCCUAAAUGAAUGAAGAGCCGCGAUUCAGACUCAAGCACUUAAAUAAGGCAAAAGAAUGUUGAUUAUUUAAUUAUCGAAAAAAUAUCUUGUGAUCUCAUAAUUGACUCCAGAGGCUUUCUCUGGUAGCUGUUUUUGUCCUCUCGUCUUAUUUAUGUAAAUCAAUCAAUGACUGCUGUCCUUCUCAGGGAAGAUGUCUUGUAACAGACAAUAAAAUAAA